AUGGAGUCAGGUAAAGAAAAUAUUGUUCAGGCUGUGGUUGUUAUGGAUACUUUUAAGAAUAAUUUUACACCCAUUAAUAAAACUAAGCCCAUGGCAUUAUUUCCGGUAGCUGGAGUUCCACUAAUAGAUUAUGUUUUAGAAUCUCUGGGACUGGGCGGAGUCGGUGAAACAAUAUUGUUUUGUUGUAAUGAUGGUCCGAAAAUUAAGGAGCAUAUAAAAAAAUGUACAAAAGAAAAAGUAACAUGGAGUUUGACUAUGGAUGUCCAGGUUAUAACAUCUGAAACAUGUCAAACUAUGGGAGAUGUAAUGAGAGAAAUAGAUGCUGCAGGCCUCAUCAGAGUGCCUCCCUUAUUUGCUGACAAUUUUGAUUUUCAAACAAGGGAUGACUUUGUUAAUGGUAUAUUGAUAAAUGAAGAAAUUCUUGCCAGCACUGUAUACUACAAAAUUUUGAAAGUAAAUGAGUAUGCUGCUGCUAUUACUAACUGGAAAACAUACCAAAUCAUUUCGUGGGAUAUUUUACAUUAUUGGGUACAUCCAUUGUCUAUUGAGUCUGGUUCAUUCUUCCAAAACAAUUAUGUUUUUAUGGGUAACCAUAAUUUUCGUAAGACAACUUCAAAAUUGAGCAGAUCUUGCACACUUAUUGAAGAUGUUCUGAUAGGAGCCGAUACUCAUAUUUGUGAUAACACAACUGUCUCAAAAACAAUGAUUGGAAAUAACUGUGAAAUUGGCAAUAAUGUUACAUUAAUAGAUUCACUUAUAGAAGAUGGUACCAUUAUUGUGGCAAAUGUAAACAUAAAAACAGGAAGCAAAUUGAAGGGUGCUAUCAUAGAAAGUUCUGAAAUAGAAGAAAAUGAAAAUAAAGUUUCGAAAUCUGCAUCAGAAAGUGGAACAGAGUGGGAGAAUGAAAGCGAUGGUAGUGGUGAUGAUGAAUUUGGUGGUUUUAAUAAAUCAUGGAGUGAUAGCGAAUCAUGUUACUCAUCAGAUAGUAGUGCUCAAUCUUCCCUACCAGAGUCACCAGUACCCGAAGAUACCAAUAUAUUCUUACAAGAGGUUAUUGACAGUCUCGCAAGAGGAUAUGAAGAAAAACUCAAAUUUAAAGACAUAUUAAAAUUCUUCAGACCAAUUUUAUCAAAUUACAUCAAGACAAAGUCGUCAAUAAUGGAUUGUUUGAGAGCUAUAGAGGAUAGUUGCAUGAAGUGUGAAUGGCUUGAUGGCAAAGCAGGUCAAAUUCUACAUCUUCUAUAUGAAGCGGAUGUAGUUGACGAAGAUUCUUUACUAGAAUGGUAUGAUGAUCUGAAAGACAAUGAAAGUCAGCUUGUCAGUCAAACAUCAUUAGUCAAAUUCUUUGAAUGGCUUCAGGAAGCUAGCGAGGAAAGUGAAGAUUCAGAU